AUGUUCAGCAGGGCAGGAGGGAUCAAGUCCCUGCCCCCAGUCGAUGAGGCGACAGAGGAUGGCUACGACGAACCAUUCCCGCUGCAGACGCUGGUGGCGCCCACCGUGACAGGGGCAGCCCUCAAGAUCUUCCUGGCCCUGGCCGAGGGCCCCUUUUUCGGCCCCAUCCUGGAGGAGCUCUUCAUCCCGGAGAGGCCCACCUUCCGCCCCAACACCGCGGGCUGGCCUGCCGAGGGCGGCGGCACCGCGCUGGUCCCCGCGGGCAGCCAGGACCAGCCAGCAGCCGACCGUGCCACUGCCGCCGCCGCGCUGCUGCCGGGCUUUGCAGCUGCAGCAGCAGCGGCAGCCGCAGACGGCCCUGUCGACGGCACCAGCGGCGGCGGCACCAGCGGCGGCGGGAAGCGGCCGUACACGGCGGCGGACUUCCACCGUGCCUAUGCCACCGGCGCCUGCACGCCUUCUGACGUCGCUGAGAACAUCAUCGCAGCGGUGGCGGCCAGCGAGGCGAUGUCCCCACCCAUGCGCUUCCUCGUCGCCCACGAGCCGCAGCGGCUGCGCCAGCAGGCGGCCGCCAGCACGGCGCGGUGGCAGCAGGGCCGACCGCUGUCACCACUGGACGGCGUGCCGUAUGCGGUCAAGGAUGGGUGUGAUGCGCUGCCCUACCCCACAACCACCGGUACAGGAUUCAUGGCUGAAUGGCGCACGCCUGUGCGGAGCCUGGCGGGGGUGCAGGCGCUGCUGGAUGCUGGGGCGCUGCUCAUUGGCAAGGCCAACCUGCACGAGAUAGGCCUGGGCACAACCGGGCUGAACAUCCUCACCGGCACGCCGCGCAACCCGCACAGCCCCGCCCACCACACCGGCGGCAGCAGCAGCGGCAGCGCGGCGCUGGUGGCGGCGGGGCUCUGCCCCUUUGCGGUUGGCAGCGACGGCGGCGGCAGCAUCCGCAUCCCCGCGGCGGCCUGCGGCGUGGUGGGGCUCAAGCCCACGCACGAGCGAGUGGGCACUGCCGUGGGCACCCCUCCCAUUGACCAAACUGUGUCGGUGGUUGGGCCACUAGCGGCGAGCGUGCAGGACUGUGCCCUGAUGUAUGCGGUGGCCGCCAACACGGGGCAGCGACCGGGCGAGGCGCCCCCGCCGGUGCUGCUGCCGGCGGCGCUGGGCGGCGGCGGCCGCCGGCCGCUGGCUGGCAAGACGGCAGGGUGGUUUGAGGACGCCGCGUCGGCGGUGGCGGAGGCCUGCCGCUCGGCGGUGGCGAUGCUGGAGGGCGCGGGCCUGGCGGUGGUGCCCCUCCGCCUCCCAGAGCUGGGCCUGCUGCGCGCCGCGCACUCCUGCACCAUCGCCAGCGAAAUGCGCAACAACAUGGCGGCCGCCCUGAGCGACGGUGGCGCGCGGCGGCGCAUGAACGCCGAGACGCGGAUCAGCCUGGCGGUGGCGGCGGGCUUCCAGGCGGCGCACUACAUCCAGGCCCAAAAGAUUCGAACCCGGGUGGAGGCGCACUUCAGGAGUGCCUUUGCCCGGUGCGACCUCAUACUCACCCCCACGCUGCCCUGCACCGCGCCCCCCAUCAAGCCCGCCGCGCUGCAGUGCGGCGAGACAGAUCUCACCACCACCACCGCCCUCAUGCACUACAUGCUGGCCCCCAACUUUAUCGGCCUGCCGGCCAUCAGCGUGCCUGUGGGCGUGGUGCCCAGCACACACCCGCCAGCUCCUUCCACCCCCGCACCCGGCGCCGGUGCCGUUGACGGCGGCGGCGCCUCGCCCCCGCUGCUGCCGGUGGCGCUGCAGCUGAUGGCGCCCUGCUGGCACGAGGCCAGCCUGCUGCACGCGGCGGCGGUGCUGGAGGCGGCGGUGGCCUCCGCGGGCAAGGCGCCGCCGCUGCCGGCCGUGUGGUACGACGUGCUGUCGCCGCCGCACGGCACCGGUGCGGCGGACGGCCGCUGA